CGGGUCCGCGACUGCAGACGCCGCCAACAUUCCAUGCAUGGAGGAUGGCCGCUUCUACAGGAAUCCGCGACCAGCGCCUCAUAGGGUGUGGACCAACGGCGAGUGCUCCAAAUACUACCUGUGCCUUGACGGCGAGGUGUUCGAGUUCAAGUGCUCGGCCGGGCUGCUGUUCGACGUGAACCGCCAGAUCUGCGACUUCAAGAUGAACGUGGACAACUGCGACGUGGUGGCCGAGGCCGUGGUGCCGCGGCCCCUGCUGGAGGCGGCCGAGUGCGCCCAGGGCCAGCUGGGCUGCGCGGACCGCUCCUGCCUCCCCGCCGAGUACUUCUGCGACGGCAGCGUGGACUGCCCCGACGGCUCGGACGAGGGCUGGUGCGACGUGGACAACGACCCCAACGGCUCGCUGUCGUGCGACCCCCGGUCGUGCCGCCUGCCCGACUGCUUCUGCUCGCGCGACGGCACGCGCGUGCCCGGCGACCUGGAGCGCGGCCAGGUGCCGCAGAUGGUGGUCGUCACCUUCGACGACGCCGUCAACUCGGAGAACUGGGACCUGUUCACGCGGGAGCUCUUCACGGACGAGCACCGCAACCCCAACGGCUGCCCCAUCCGCGCCACCUUCUACCUCAGCCACCAGUACACCAACUACCAGCAGGUGCAGCGCCUCUGGAACGACGGCCACGAGGUGGCGGUGCACUCCAUCACGCACCGCGGGCCCGAGGACUGGUGGAGCCGCAACGCCACCAUCGAGGAUUGGUUCGACGAGAUGGUGGGGCAGGCCAACAUCAUCAACCACUUCGCCGGCGUCCGGAUGGAGGACAUUCGAGGCAUGCGCGUGCCGUUCCUGCGCGUCGGCUGGAACCGCCAGUUCCUCAUGAUGCAAGAGUUCGGCUUCCGCUACGACGCGUCCAUGGUGGCGCCCUUCUCCGACCCGCCGCUGUGGCCCUACACGCUGGACCACAAGCCGCCGCACAAGUGCGUGGGCGCCAAGCAGCGCUGCCCGUCCAGGGCCUACCCCGGCAUCUGGGAGAUGCCCCUUAACCAGGUCACCAUCGAGGGCUACACGUGCGCCAUGGUGGACUCGUGCCCGCCCCACCUCUCCGGCGAGGACGUGUACCGCAUGCUCAUCAGCAACUUCAAGCGGCACUACAACACCAACAGGGCGCCGUUCGGGCUGUACUUCCACACCACGUGGUUCAAGCGGCCGGAGUACCUGGCGGCGUUCAAGAAAUUUCUGAAUGACAUGGGCAAGAUGCAAGAUGUCUGGUUUGUCACAAACUGGCAGGCUAUUCAAUGGAUGAGAGAGCCAACUCCACUUAGCCAUAUUGGUUCCUUCGAGCCCUGGGGCUGCAAGAAGCACAAGUUUGAGCCUCAUGAGAUUGCUUGUAAUUUACCAAAGACGUGCAAGCUGACGAGCCGCAUCCUUCAAGGUGAACGCUACUUAAGCACCUGCAUUGAGUGUCCGAAUCAGUACCCAUGGAUUCGGAACGAGUUCGGCCUAGACAGCCGCUAACUUUUGGCCAAAAACAGUCAUACUACAUAGUACCUAAGAGAGUUUGUUGCUCGAAGAAAGACUGCACACUUGAUUUGAUUUUGAACCAGUGACAUGGCCAGUAGGGCAUUGAGAGAACUGGACUAAGCAACUCAACAUCUCCUGCUCUUGCCCUGAUGUACCAGAUACAUCUAUAAUGCUGUAAGCCAAGAAAUAACUCCUGUUUUUAUCAAUAUGGACCAAGGAGUAAAAAUUAGUGGAGCAGUAAAUGGCUAGCAAUUAGAAACAAUGUCACAAAAAGCUAUACAGUAUGUGGGAGUAGAAGUGAUUGUUUCAAGGGAGAUGCGUUAAAACACAACACUUGCAAUCAUAAAACUGUGAUUUUCUUAGAGAAUGAGAUGUAAAAAUGUAGAAUUGUAGUUUAAAUAGAAUAAGCUCAGCCAGUUAAGAUUUGUAUUUAUCAGAAUGACUGAAAUGGGAAAGAAUGCUCAUAAAAGAAAGAGCCAUUGUAUCCGGCUUGACAUUAAUGAAAAAAGUACAUUACCUGGAACAUUUAUUUUUAACCUAGUGAGGAGUUGCUGCCAUUUGUGUUUGUAAAAGAGAAAAACCACAUCCAUUCUUCAAAGUUUAAUUUAAUAAUUUUACAUUGUACCAUCUGUGUUCUAUUUAU